GUCAGCAAUACAGAGACGAGUGCAGAGAGAGACACAGGGACAGAGAGACAAGGUGUGAAGAGACAGGGCAAGAGAGACAUACAAGGAAGAGUUUGAAUUUGAAUUUUCAGGGGGAAAACAUAAGAGAGAGAGAGAGGAAGAGAGAGUGAAACACACACACACACUGAGGGGUGUGUCUGAGCAAUUUAGUUCCUCAAGGAAGUACAACUCAACAUUAUCUUAAGACAGAGCGGCAGCGCUGACACAGGCGCUGCAGGAGGGCUGUUUGUUCUGGUUCUGCUGCUCGUGGUGAUCAUGAAGGGAAGUCAUUAAAUCAAGCGGCCGGUGCUGUGAGACACAGAGCAAAAGGGACGCACACACCAGGAGGGAGGGGGACGCAGCACACACACACACACACACAGGGAACCAUGGACUCCUUCAGCUCCAAGGACAUGGCCUUGAGGGCGCAGAAGAAGAUCCUCAGCUCCAUGGCUGGAAAAGCCUCCAUCCAGAUGUUCAUCGACGACACCACCAGCGAGAUCCUGGACGAACUGUACCGCAUCUCCAAAGAGUACUCGGGGUGCAAAGCCGAGGCCCAGAAAGUGAUCAAAGACCUGGUAAAGAUCGCCGUGAAGAUCGGCGUGCUGUUCAGGAACAACCGGUUCACCACGGAGGAGCUGAGCGUGGCCACAGACUUUAAGAGAAAGCUGCACCAGGGGGCCAUGACGGCCAUCAGCUUCUACGAGGUGGACUUCACCUUCGAUAAAGCCGUGAUGGCGGAGCUCCUGACCAGCUGCAGGGAUCUGCUGCUGAAGCUGGUCAACACCCACCUCACCCCGAAAUCCCACGGGCGCAUCAACCACGUCUUCAACCAUUACUCUGACCCCGAGCUCCUGACCAAACUGUACGACCCCAGCGGCCCCUUCAGACCCAACCUCACCAAGAUCUGCAAAGGACUCGACAAACUGAUGGAGGACGGGACAAUAUGACGCAGAGACAUUCAAAGGUCGCACAGACACUGGGAGAUCAACAGGCGGACUGUUGGACAACACGGGUGUCACUGCUGCUGAGGACAGUGGCGUGAGACAAGUGAUCCGAGAACUAAACUGUUGCCACAUCUUUCUCAAAGAACAAAUAAAGUUGGUUUGCAUUCUUUAAGUUUCUCAUGUUUAGAUGUGAUAUAAAUAUAUAUACUGUACCAUUGUGAUAUAUUCUUGUCUACUCAGACAAAGCUCGAGGAACUUGAACAUAAACUGGUUUUUACCA